AUGGAUCAAACACAAAAAGAAGCUCCAAAGAAAAAAAAAAUUUUUUAUAGCGAAAAUGAAGAGCCUUCUGAAAGCAUAAGAGAAUAUUUCCCAUUUGUAGCUUUACUGCUUUCUAUGCUAGGAUUUUACUUCAGGACUAUUAUUCUUUCGUGGAUCGGAAUAAUCUUCUUUUUAUUCAGUCUUACUCAAAUAUCUAGAGAAAACACAAGCAAAGCUCAAUUAAUUGCGAUUUUUUUGCUAUGUGCAAUUAGCUUGUGUGCUAAUUAUGCAAAUAUUUUUGUUGCUGCAGACCAUCAAUCUUUGGUUUCUUUAUAA